UUUCAUGCUGUCACUUUAUUGAGUCGAGCAGAAAAAGGAGGAGCCGUGGUGUUCAUUUUUUCACUCCGCCCUUCCCUCUUACCAGCCUUCUUACUUUCUUCCAUUUCAUUAAACACAGAAAAAGUUCACCAGAUCAAAAUCAUGUACAGGUAUCUGGGGGAGCUCGUCGGUCGCGCAGCCGCCAGCGGCGCUCUGGCCUCGGGAUGCGUCGACUCGGCUCUUCCCGCUUCCGCAUCUCUUCUGCGGGUCCGCCGCUACAGCGAGGCCGUGGUGGGAAAGGAUGACGAUCCAAACUUUUUCAGCAUGGUUGAAGGUUUCUUCGACCGCGGAGCCUCGAUCGUGGAGGACAAGCUGGUGCACGACCUGAAGACGAGAGAAACACCCGAGCAGAAGAGACACAGGGUCCGGGGAAUCCUCAAGAUCAUAAAGCCGUGCAACCACGUCCUGUCCGUGUCGUUCCCCAUCAAGAGAGAUAACGGGGAGUGGGAGAUGAUCGAGGGGUACAGAGCUCAACACAGCCAGCACAGGACACCUUGUAAAGGAGGUAUACGUUACAGCACUGAGGUGUCAGUUGAUGAGGUGAAAGCUCUCGCCUCACUAAUGACAUACAAAUGUGCAGUUGUAGAUGUGCCUUUUGGAGGAGCUAAAGCUGGUGUAAAAAUCAACCCAAGGAAUUACUCUGACAAUGAACUGGAGAAGAUCACAAGAAGGUUUACCAUUGAGCUGGCUAAAAAGGGCUUUAUUGGGCCUGGCAUUGAUGUCCCAGCCCCUGACAUGAGUACAGGAGAAAGGGAAAUGUCCUGGAUUGCCGACACUUAUGCCAACACUAUGGGUCAUAAUGAUAUCAACGCUUAUGCCUGUGUCACUGGUAAGCCCAUCAGUCAGGGUGGCAUCCAUGGGCGCAUAUCUGCCACUGGUCGUGGUGUCUUCCAUGGCAUUGAGAACUUUGUCAAUGAGGCUUCUUACAUGAGCCAGCUGAACAUGAAUCCUGGCUUUGCAGACAAGACGUUUGUCAUUCAGGGUUUCGGUAAUGUGGGCCUGCACUCGAUGCGUUAUCUGCACCGCUUCGGAGCGAAGUGUGUGGGUAUAGGAGAGGUGGACGGAAGCAUCUGGAACCCAAACGGAAUCGAUCCCAAGGAGCUGGAGGACUACAAACUGGCCAACGGCACUAUCGUCGGCUUCCCCAGGGCCACCCCCUAUGAAGGCAGCAUCUUGGAAGCUGAUUGUGAUAUCCUGAUUCCUGCUGCAAGUGAAAAGCAGCUUACAAAGAAAAAUGCCCACAAUAUCAAGGCUAAGAUCAUUGCUGAGGGAGCCAAUGGCCCCACUACACCUGAAGCAGACAAGAUAUUCCUAGACAGGAACAUCAUGGUGAUUCCUGAUAUGUACCUGAAUGCUGGAGGUGUGACCGUCUCCUACUUCGAGUGGCUGAAGAAUCUUAAUCACGUCAGUUAUGGCAGAUUGACCUUCAAAUAUGAAAGAGACUCAAACUAUCACCUCCUUAUGUCUGUCCAGGAGAGUCUGGAAAGGAAGUUUGGAAAGCACGGUGGAGCCAUUCCUGUCGUGGCCACCUCUGAAUUUCAAGACAGGAUUUCUGGUGCUUCUGAGAAGGACAUUGUGCAUUCUGGAUUGGCGUACACAAUGGAGCGAUCUGCCAGACAAAUCAUGCGCACAGCCAACAAGUAUAACCUCGGGCUGGACCUCAGAACAGCAGCCUAUGUCAACGCCAUUGAAAAAGUCUUCAAAGUGUACCACGAAGCAGGCCUUACCUUCACAUAGAUGCCUUCUUUGAGGAUCUUUUCUUUCUGUACAUCUGGGUCUGAUGUUUUGCGCAGACCCGAGAUGUAUCAUUAACCUCUUUGCUCCCCACGUUUACAUUUUAUACACCCAUAAAAAUAUAAUCUUAUAAUUUAUGCAUGUGUUUACAAACAUGCAUAUUUCAAAGCCUCCUAUCUCAUCUAGUGCUUUUUUCCAAAUAUGCAUGACUGUUACAAAAAAUUAAAACCAAAGUCCCUUUAAUGCACAUAUUAUUCUCUUUGCACAGCAGGAAUGUUUAUCAAUACAGGCCAAAAGUAUAUUAUUUUUGCUAGGGUUUCCUUAGGGUCUGGUAUUAAUGAAGCUUCACAUAGAGGACCAUUAAAGCUUAAAGUCACAAUAACAUCCUUAAUGAAAUGGGAUGUGGCUGUAGUUUCUAAUACCUACAUAGUUUGUCGUUUCUUUCCUUUUUGAAAUGAAUGUGUUCGAUGGGGAAGGUGAUGCAAGAUGAACCUCAGGCUUUUUGUAUCCAUGACCAAAAAAAUUGCACAAGGUUUUCUAGUUUUGCGGCACUUUGAAACGGUUUUUCAUGGCGACGUUUCAUGAGAAGCAUUUUUUAAGUUGUGGCCUGGACCUUAUUGAUAAACAAUUGCAUUUCUUUAUAUGCAAAUGUAAGGGCUUAUUUUUGGGAACAAAUCUUUAUUUUCAUUAUAAUGGCGUUUAAUAUGAAACUUUUUGAAUUCCACAGAAGAACAAUAUAGUUUGUAUGAGCUAUUAUUGUUUAAUCAAAUAAAAUGUUAAUGAAAAUA